CGGGGCAGGAGAGACAUGGCUGAAAGCCGUUCCUGGGAGCUCGGUGUCUGCACGGGUUAAGGAGUGCGGGGCGAAGUGGGGAAGUUGCUGUUGAAUUUCACUUUAAGGGACCGGAGAGAAAGCGGCGAAAUGGAUGACUUCCUCUCCAUCUGCCUGCUGUCUCUGGCCAUGCUGGUCGCCUGCUAUGUGGCAGGAAUUAUCCCCUUGGCAGUUAAUUUUUCCGAGGAGAGAUUGAAGUUGGUGACUGUUCUGGGUGCUGGGCUGCUGUGUGGAACUGCCUUGGCCGUCAUUGUGCCAGAAGGAGUACAUGCACUUUAUGAAGAGAUUUUGGAGGGGAAGCAUCACCCGGCAAAUGAGAUGCAGCAUGUGGUUGAGUCUGAGAAAGUAGUGGAAAUCGCGGCUGAACACGAGUAUGGCCACGACCAUUCCCGGUUGCAUGCCUACAUUGGCGUGUCCCUUGUCCUCGGCUUUGUCUUCAUGCUCUUGGUGGAUCAGAUAGGCAGCUCGCAUGUGCACUCUACAGAUGAUCCAGAAGCUGCAAGAUCAGGCAACUCCAAAAUCACCACGACGCUGGGACUAGUAGUCCAUGCUGCAGCUGAUGGUGUUGCAUUGGGUGCAGCAGCUUCUACUUCUCAGACUAGCGUCCAGUUGAUAGUGUUUGUUGCGAUUAUGUUGCACAAGGCACCAGCUGCCUUUGGCCUGGUUUCCUUCCUGAUGCACGCUGGGCUGGAACGGAAUCGAAUUAGAAAACACUUGCUGGUCUUCGCAUUAGCAGCACCUGUUAUGUCGAUGGUGACAUAUUUAGGGCUAAGCAAGAGCAGCAAAGAAGCCCUUUCCGAAGUCAAUGCCACAGGAGUUGCUAUGCUGUUUUCUGCUGGGACUUUUCUUUAUGUUGCCACAGUUCACGUCCUCCCAGAAGUAGGAGGAAUUGCUCAUAGCCACAAACCUGAAUCAACUGGAGGAAAAAGACUCAGUCGUCUGGAGGUGGCAGCCCUAGUAGUAGGAUGCCUUAUUCCUCUAGUUUUGUCCAUUGGACACCAUCACUAAAACGCUUGAAUUUUACCGUUCUCCUCCUCGAUCUGACAUGAGCAGUAAAUGUUGGCUGCUCCCUUUAUCAUUAUCUCUUACGCAUCAUCCAUCCCAUCCACUUUAUGGAGUUCAGAGAGAACCUUGAUUGCAAAAUGAGGAAUAUGGGGAAGUUUUUAGUGUAGCAAAAUGUACUUUGGCAGCCGGACAUAAAUUCUAUGUAACUUUCUUUUCUGAAGACAUUUGCUAUUUUAAUUGUUACUUCUGGCCCUAUUCUCAGGGAAGAUGGAAUUUGGAGUUUGAGCAAGGUGAGUGGGGAAGAACGUAGCAACUUAUCACAAAACUGCAAUCACCAAAGUAUCCUGCGAU